AUGAAAUCUCUGAGAAUAAACAAUCAAUAUAUAAUGUCUAGAAAAAUUGCCUCAGGUGCAUUCGGGUUUGUGAUGCUUGGGUUUGACCAAAAAACAGGACAGUAAGUAGCUAUAAAAAUUGAAAAACCUGAAAAUGAGCAUCUCAGGUCCUUAGAAAAAGAAGCAGAUAUAAUACGGAGAUUGGAAGGGGUUCAAGGAGUACCUUAAAUGCUAUACUUUGGCAAAUAGGAUGACUUUAAUGUUUUGGUUUUGCAACUUCUUUCUAAAGAUUUGUCUUCUUUGAUAAAAAAAUAAAAGAAAUUUAGCCUCAAAACUGUUUUAUAGAUUGGGAUCAAAUUAGUUGAAAUAUUGGAAGACAUUCAUUAAAAAGGAGUAUUGCACAGAGAUUUAAAACCAGAAAAUAUUAUGAUUGAUGAAAAUAAUAGAUUCUAUAUUAUUGAUUAUGGCAUUAGUAAAGCAUUUAUGCGUAAAAAUGGAGCCCAUUUGUAAAAUAUUAAAGUAAUUAGACCUUUCAAAGAUCGACAACCCUUUAUUGGAACUUCUCGUUAUGCUUCGAUAGCAGCCCAUAAAGGAAAUGAAUUAGGAAGGAAAGACGAUUUGGAAUCGUUAAUUUACAUCUUAUUGUACUUUUAUAUUGGGUAAAAAUGAAGAUUUUCAUUGUUUCAGUAAUUUACCAUGGCAAAACAUGAAGAAUAUUCCAGGUGACUAAAAAGUCCUAUAAGUUGGUGAACUUAAGUAAAAAUAGACUAUUGAAUUGUUUAAGAAUUUACCUGAUGAACUGAAAAAAAUAUAUGAGUAAUAUUUUGAUAGUAUAGAGAUAUCUACGUAAACUCACGUAUGCCACAGAACCAGAUUAUAAAUCAAUUGUUAAAUUAUUUUAAUAAGCUGCUAAAAAUGGCAAAAUAGUAAUUGAUUCAUUUUAUGAUUGGGAUAUCCAAAACACUGCUCAAACAGAAAUGUUUUCUCGUUAUGGAACUAUUUAACUUGAUGAUAAUUUCUUGAUUGAUCAAUAUCUAUCAAAUUAAUAAAUGUAAAGAUUCUAUCAUUUUAUAGUAAUGUGAAAUAACAUCAUAUUAAUCCUAAUAAAAGAAAAACCUUUUGUCCAUCUCUAAUUAAAUAAACCUUCAAUGAAAACAUUAUUUAAAUGGUCAAAGAUUCAAGUAGAUAAAGUAAUGGUAGUAGUAGUGGCAUGGGCAAUAUAGAAGAUAUGUAUCAACUAUCAAAGGAUGAAAUAAGUGAAGACUCUCAAUAAAUAAUCCCAGAAGAAGGCUAACAGGAUUUAAGUUUAAGAGUUAAAACAUUGCCUGAUUAUUUGAAAAAGCCUAAAAUCAAAUAAAGACAAACUCAAACUCUCGUUUUUGAUGACGAUUGGGUAAUUGACUCAGGUACACAUUUGGUGGAUAAUUAUAAAAAAUUAUAAUCUUUAAGUAAUCAAAUGACUGCUGUUUUUCAUCAUAAAUAAAAGUGA